AUGAACGUAUUUCUUAUAAACCAUAAAGAAAAUGACGAAGAAUCAGCGGCGGCAGAGAAGUUAAAAUUUAACAGACACCUACUCUCGACCGUGCAUUGGUUCGCAAGGAUAUCUUGUGCCAAUAAGAAGCGGUACUUGAUGGCAUUGCUGAAUAACAUGCAGAGUGCUUGGGCACUCUCCUUGCUGCUCAAGUCUAUUUGGAAUUGUAGGCCUAAGGAUGCAGUGCUAUCGGCAAGCGAUCCAAACGUGUGGAGCAGUUACGACCAAACACCGUUAGACCACAACAGGACAGCUCAGCCUGCUGCCACCCUCGCGCUGGUCAUGAAGAGUGACAGAGUUUGGUUCCUUUCACUAGAGCCGGAAUCUCAGGCUAUUGUGUUGUCUGAACUACUAGCGGUGUCUGGGGGGCCAGUCAUGUGGGAAGUGCUGACGCAAGCAGAAAAGAUAUACGACAGAUACAGGGUAAACCAAAUGCUCGACCUGGAGGAGUGUAUCGUUGUCAACGAUACUCAUGUAGACAAGACGCCGCCGCCGCCCGUAGCUGAUAAAAGCAAAAAAGACAUUUCUUCUCAACAGCAAAAGACUGUAAUUGAUAAAACGAUACCAACUCCAGGACAUGCCCAGAAGGAGCUGGAAGCCAAUUUGGCGAUUUGGAAUUCUACAAUAAAAGCUCUGCGAGACAGCGUCAAGUUGGAAGAGUUUGAGAUGAAAUUUAAGGAUGGCACCAAACGAAAAGUAUGGAAAGUAAAUCGACCCAAACCAGAAAUAAUAGAGACUGUAGAUUUCGUUCAACUCUUGCCAGCGGCUAUUGGUAAAUGUAUCUUAUCGUAUUUGCCACGCGCUAAUCUUGCUGAAUACGCUAAAGUUAACAAGUACUGGGCUUAUUUGGUGGACGACUUUAAAGCCGAAUUGUUGGCUCGUGCUAAAAUCGAUAGCGAUUUGAAUAAACUACAGGAGUUGAUGCUUCGUCACGACACAAGUAUGGAAGUGCUUAUCCAACCUGAUUUCAAGUCUAAUAUACUUAGUUCUCAAGGGGUUACUAGUGCAGCGCCUUCGGCCAGAGCAAGACAAUUCGUGCCCAGCAUGAGACCCAGCGAGCGGUCUGCUGGGGCGGUGUCUUUCAGGCAUAUGCUGAUCGAUAAACUGGCUAAAACUUCUGUGGUUCAAAAGCCAUUCCGAAAUUUGGCUGAACUAACACAAAGGCUUGAGACAAGAGGAGCAGCCGACGAGAACUUGGCCGCAUGGUGCAAUAACUUAGUCAAGCAAAUUAGAACAAGUAAAAAAAUGGGCAAGGCUAGUUUGUCACUCUAUUUCAGUUAUACAAUAGUUAAAAAUAAAUAUGAGAACGCUGACUCCUACUUAGACUUCUUGUAUUCCCUGUACCCUUUUAUCUGUGACAAAGAAAAUAUAUCUAUAUUACCUAUUGCUGCCACGCCACCAUGGCAAGCGGGUUUUGUUAGAGUAAAAUGGUUAUAUUGA